AGGAAGCCUCGCCCAGUUUGUUCGAGUGUCCUUUCGCUUUACAGUAAACUAGCCUUCUUCUGCAAACAAAACACGUUCAUCAGCGCGUCAUGUUGCUCGCAUUCCUUCUCGCCUCUUUGGUGUGUGGUUCCUACGGAAUAACGCAAGAAGAGUUGUGCUUCGGCCAAACGUAUCGCUUCCCUUUCCAAUACACGCCGCCUUUAUUUACCGGGAAGAUAUACUUCACUCCGAAGGACUCAGGAAGCAGAAGGCUACUGGUUGACAAUGGCGAGGUGAAGGACCCGCGUGUCAAAGUGAAGUUCUCUUCAAUGUCCCUGCAAGACUUGACAACACAAGAUGAGGGAAUUUUCUCAGUCCAAAAUAAUGAUUCCCCCAGCAAUAUUGUCUCUCUGAAAAUAUUAGACUGUGCUGACAAGGUGGAAAGAUAUUACCAUGGGAUGUACCGCAUCGAACUUCUUAGUAGUGUGCACACUCUGGAAUUCACUCCGAUUGGCAAGCCGGACCAAACAACGAUCCUGUGGAACCGCACCGACCCUCAAGGCCGUCAGGCAGGCAGGGGCCAGUUCAAGAACGAUUAUUGGGAGAUUUCAGAUCUCACACAGGACGAUAACGGCUACUACAACUUGAGGCGAAAGAGCCACGCGUUGUUGUCCAGGAAAAUGCUGACAGUCACAGAGCAGAGCAGAAGCCAUGAACCCAAGGAGGGUGCGACUUGUUUCAUACAAUACCCUUCUUCCUUCGUUCCAUGGGACGUCACCUUCACUCCGAGUCGGGAGGGGGAUCACAAAGAUCUGAUGAGGGCUGGAAAUUGGGAUUUUAAGCACCGACUCCACCCGGACAGUUACGGCCUAGAAAUCUUUCCUGUGGAAAGCAAAGACUCUGGCCUCUACGAGUUCCGGGACAAAGAUGGCCACUUGGGGUUAUUGGCCAGUGUGGACGUGGAAGAGGCUCACACUCCUGCAUAUGUUUACGUCAUCUUGUUUGUCGUCUUCGUUGCGGGGGUGGCGAUCUGCUGUUGCUGCGUCAGAAGAUGCUGCUGUAAAAAGAAAGCCUCCAAAACAAACACUCCUCAGUUAACAUCAAAUACGCCAAUAACGCCUGCUGUGUAUUACCACGGCCCAACUCAACCCAAAGGAACAAGUUACUCUGUGGCGCCACCUGCUGCAGCUUUCUCAUAUCAGCCGAGUCCUGCUCAUGCAGCAGUUCCAGCGCCUGCAGCCCUUCCCGCCUAUCAACCCUACACGCCGGUCAGCGCUACGGAACCUCCUGCAACAGGACCACCUAUGUUCAACACAGUGGUCGUCCAUCCCAGCCCAGGGCAGCUUGAGACUGUUGUUUCAGGCGGGCAGGACUCCGCCCCAGCCCCGACCUUUGGAUCCGGUUUCCUAUCGUCGGACCCCGGGCCCAGGUUUGAACUCAAAGGGAUGAACUUUUCCUCCGCCCUCAGCUCGGACGCCGACGUCGCCAACGUUUACACCUCCAGCAAGCUCAGCUUCAAGUGAGGGGCCCAGAAUGUCGGGUGGGGGAGGAGCCGCACGCUGCCAGGUGUAUCCUUCAAAAACAUGUGUGGCUUUCUUCCUGCAUGAACAUACGUCGUCGUCCUCAGUGUUUCUUGUUUUUGUCCUGCUUUCAAUGGACACUAAGAUACAACUCAGUGGCGUUUUCACCGUGCAUACAGUGGGACACUUACCCACACACUGCAUACAGUGGGACACUUACCCACUGCAUACAGUGGGACACUUACCCACUGCAUACAGUGCAUACAGUGGGAGACUUAGCCUCACAGUGCAUACAGUGGGACACUUACCCACACACUGCAUACAGUGGGACACUUACCCACACACUGCAUACAGUGGGAGACUUACCCACUGCAUACAGUGGAAGGCUUCAUGCCUCGUUCUUCCACAGCAAAGUCAUUGAAAAGGGAUGUUUUUAUUAUGUACCGCUUUGGAUUCUCUGUCCGUCAUGGCUGAAAUAUCCUUUUAUUCACCCCUUCGAAGAAUGACAAACACAAUAUGUCUGCAUAUAAAUAUACAGAGUGAGGCAAUUUUACAGUCGUCCCUUGUUUGUCACCGUUAAUUGGUUCCGGACACGACGGUGAUGAAUGAAUUCCGCAAAGUAGGAAUGAUUAAUGGAAUCUUUUAUAGCUAGGGCCUAAAAAAACAUUUAAAUGCGUUUUUCAACAUUAUGACAUCCCUCCAGACAUGAAAUAACACUUCAAAAAAAGAGUUGACAAAAUGUAGGAUUUUAUUUAGGAAAAUAAAUAAUAAAAACUAGUGACAUUAUCUGUCCAUGCAGCUAAGUUAAUUUUACUUGAUAAGACAUCCUAGAUUAAAAUGUGUAUGUAUAGAAAUUAGCGGGAGAUAUAAAUGCUCAGUGGGCCUAGUGGUUAGCGUGUCCGCCCUGAGAUGGGUAGGUUGUGAGUUCAAACCCCGGCCGAGUCAUACCAAAGACUAUAAAAAUGGGACACAUACCUCCCUGCUUGGCACUCAGCAUCAAGGCUUGGAAUUGGGGGUUAAAUCACCAAAAAAUGAUUCCUGGGCGCAGCCACUGUUGCUGCCCACUGCUCCCCUCACCUCCCAGGGGGUGAACAAGGGUGAUGGGUCAAAUGCAGAGGGUAAUUUCACCACACCUAGUGUGUGUGUGACAAUCAUUGCUACUUUAACUUUAAUAGGUGUUUUUUUCCGGAUUACAAGCAUUAUUAGGGCC